AUGGAUUAUUUUGUGCUACAGGAAGAGCAGCAAGGACGGACCACAGUGGCAACCUUCCUCAGCUCUUUGGGAGAUCACAGUGUUACCGUUGGUGAUAACCCAGCUGAUCCAGACUCAAAAAGGCCAACUGGAGCUGAAAUGGGCACUAUGAUUGGUGUCUAUCUUCCAUGCUUGCAGAGCAUAUUUGGAGUUCUUCUCUUCAUAAGAUUGCCAUGGGUCGUUGGCAUUGCAGGCGCUUUGCAGGGUUUCAUUGUUGUCUUCAUAUGCUGUUGUAUUACACUUCUGACUUCCAUUUCAAUGAGCGCUAUAGCUACGAAUGGUGUUGUACCAGCUGGGGGCUCGUAUUAUAUGAUAUCACGAGCCCUGGGCCCUGAAUUUGGUGGCGCUGUCGGUCUGCUCUUCUAUUUAGGCAACACAGUUGCAGGCGCUAUGUACAUAAUUGGAGCUAUUGAAAUUCUUCUGCUCUACAUAGCCCCGGGCAUGUCUGUUGGAGGAGAUAUUGAAGUGGAUCUAGAAGCCCGUUUCAAUAACUUCCGUCUUUAUGGCACUGUCUUGCUUUUUCUUCUCUGUUGUAUCAUCUUGAUUGGGGUCAAGUUGGUAAAUGUGUUUGCAAGCAUUGCUCUUGCAGGCGUGCUCUUGUCCAUAUUGGCAAUCUAUGUAGGAAUCUUCGUGAAUGUGGAUGGGAGUGACAACAUAAUGAUGUGCUUGUUGGGGAAUCGUCUCCUCAAUGAAGACAAAAUUGGAGGAAAUUGUUCAAAGGAGUUUGGAACCCCUCUUUUCAUGUCCCUCUGUUCAUUAAGAGACAAUGAAUCUAGUCUCAUCAAUGAGAGCAGUUAUCAAUGCGAUCCGUACUUCAACGAGAAUGAGGUCCAUUUGGUCCCUGGUAUCCCUGGUCUGAGUUCUGGCGUCUUCCUCGAGAACAUCCAGUCGUCUUAUUUGUACUCUGGAGCCCACCUGUUACAAUUUCAUGAAAAGGAUAGUGUAGGUGAGGUUGAUAUUGGUGAAUCCUCACCAUUCGUCCAUGCAGAUAUGACAACCACCUUCAUUGCAUUGACCGGGAUUUUCUUCUCUUCCGUCACUGGAAUCAUGGCUGGGUCAAACCUAUCAGGCGACCUGAAAGAUGUUUCUAGGAGCAUUCCCAUCGGAACAUUAUCUGCAACAAUUACUACUUCAGCAGUGUAUCUGAGCUGUGUACUCUUCUUUGCUGGUAGCGUUAAUGGCUUGCUUCUAAGGGACAAGUUUGGGGAAAGCGUUGGCGGAAAAUUAGUCGUAGCCAGCCUGGCUUGGCCAAACCAAUGGGUCAUUCUCGUGGGAUCCCUUUUAAGUACUAUAGGUGCGGGAGUGCAGUCACUUAUUGGAGCUCCACGGCUACUCCAAGCAAUUUCCCAUGAUGAUAUCAUCCCAUUCCUUCGACCUUUCGGUGUUUCGGCUGCAAAUGGCGAGCCACGACGUGCCCUAUUUGUCACCUGGGCAAUCUGCCAGAUCACAGUUCUGAUUGGGAAUGUGGAUGACAUCAAUCCCCUUCUGUCUUGCUUCUUCCUCAUGUGUUAUGGAUUUGUGAACCUUGCCUGUGCUUUACAAACCUUGCUUCACACUCCAAAUUGGCGACCUCGCUUCGAGUAUUACCAUUGGACCCUGUCAUUCCUGGGUCUGUCUCUAUGUGCAGCCGUCAUGUUCAUGUGCUCUUGGUACUUUGCUCUUGCUGCCAUUGGUCUUGCCGUCCUCAUCUACAAGUACAUUGAAUACCGUGGUGCUGAGAAAGAAUGGGGAGAUGGGAUUCGAGGACUUGCACUGUCAGGUGCUCAUUUUGCACUCCUUCGUCUUGAGGAAGGACCUCCUCACAUCAAGAAUUGGAGACCACAGAUCCUUAUUCUUGCCGAACUUGAUGACCACUUUUUCCCUAAACAUAAGAAGAUGUUUGCUUUUGCUUCCCAACUCAAAGCUGGCAAAGGUCUCACUAUGGCUGUUUCUGUCAUCGAGGGUGAAUAUAGCAGAAGCCAUGAGGAAGUCAUAGCAGCGAAGCAGAGCCUAAGGAAUGUCAUGAAUGAAGAACGAGUGAAGGGCUUUGUGGAUGUUCUGGUUUCAGAAGACGUGAUUGAAGGCAUGAGUUAUCUGAUCCAGAUGAGUGGAAUUGGAGGAAUGAAACCAAACACAGUGUUUUUGGGAUGGCCUGAGGACUGGCGAAGUUCUUCAGAUGAUGAAUCAUGGAGAGCGUUUAUUGAAGCUCUGAGAACUGUGGCUGUAGCAAAGAUGGCUGUGCUUAUUCCCAAGGGCAUCAAAUGUUUCCCCAACUCCAAUGAAAGAGUGUCAGGAUACAUUGACAUCUGGUGGAUAGUUCAUGAUGGUGGUCUCCUCAUGCUUCUCCCAUUUUUGCUCUGCCAAUGCAAGACAUGGCGCAACUGUCAUCUUCGCAUAUUCACUGUUGCUCAGGUCGGCGAGAAUUCAGUACGGAUGACUGACCGUCUGAAGAGAUUCCUCUAUCAAGUGCGAAUUAAAGCCGAUGUAGAAGUAAUCGAGAUGAGUGAAUCAGACAUUUCUGCUUACACAAUUGAACAAGUCUUGAGAAUGGAACAAAGGACGCAGAUCAUUCGAAAACUAGGACUCACACGAAAGGAGAGUAGCAACUUGAUUCAACACAUCAGAGAUCUGGAAGGUGAACCUGAUGAAGACCAGAAGGAAUCCAAGAGUCUAUUUCAUUUUGGAGAAACUCCAAUUCAAGCCCAUGGGAAGGUGGAGGCAGCAUCGUCUCCUCCUUCUGACUCUUCGGAGAAGAACAUGGCCAAUGAUCACAUAGACGGUAAGGCUGUCGAGCUGGAUCAAAACAAAAUUUCUCCGAUCCCCAUAGAAGAGAUGAAACAUAAGAAACAUGAGAGUAUAAAGGAAAGAAAAUCUGAUACCCGCUCCGUGAAGAGAAAACUGACGGAGGUCAAUGUGCGUAGGAUGCACACAGCUUCAAAGCUGAAUGGAGUGAUUCUUUCCCGAAGUCAUGAGGCCCAAUUGGUAGUCUUGAACUUGCCUGAGCCUCCGAAGGCCACCAAGAGAGACUCGGACGUGAAUUACAUGGCAUUCUUGGAGAUUUUGACAGAAGGCCUGGAAAGAGUGCUGAUGGUGCGUGGUAGCGGACGGGAAGUGAUCACCAUCUACUCGUAAUCAAUUUAUCGUUUCCAAGAGGACCCCUUAGUCUUCUCCGAACUUUUAUGACCUGGAGUAGAAGGAAGCAGGCUC